AUGUCGUCGGUGACGAUGGUGCUAGUGCUCGUUGUGCAGACGGUCAUGGUGAUCUUCGCGAUCGCCGACGUGACCUGCGCUGAUCCUGCGGCCAGAUCUGUAAUCCUUGACCCCGCGAGCGACGAGACCUGGGCAAACGAAGAUGACACGGUGAUCAUUGAUGCUGGCGGCGCUUCAAAUGUACGAUUCGAAUCGAGGGACAGCCGUGGUAUCCUCUGGAACGGAAUUUCGUCUCGCGAGUCCUGCCUGACGUCGAAGGGCGAGGUUGGUCGUUGCGCCAGCUUCAAAGAGUGCUAUCCAUAUUUCAAAAUCCCUGAUCUGAGCGCCCUGGACGGUUGGGUCCUCGGAGUUUACGACACCUGCAGCUACGUCCGAGAGUCCGGUCAGACGAGCUUUGGAAUUUGCUGCUCCAACGUACUUCCAGUUGUUACGCCACCUUCGGACAACGACGAUAAGACCAGUGUAGAAGAUGUUCAGGAAACGGAUAAGGGCGAAAAGAAAGACCCUGUAACCGUGAAACCAAAGCCACAGGAUUCCUGGCCACCGCAAAUACAAGGUUCCUGGCCACCACAGAUACCGACGCAUCCACCUGACCACACCGUGCCACCGUUACCCACCCAUCCACCGUAUCACGAAUUCGUGACGAUCUCCACGUUGAAACCAGUUUCCACCACGAAAAAACCCACCUAUGGAACCACCUGGCCGACCAAGAAACCUGGCUGGUGGCCUGGUGCACCGACGACGUCGUCCACAACCCAAAGAUCCACCACAGGGGGAUUUCCUAGCGCGGUCUCGUCUCAAUGUGGAGCGAAGAACGGUAUUCAAGACCAGGAACGCAUUGUAGGUGGUCAGAAUGCUGACCCUGGCGAAUGGCCUUGGAUCGCGGCGCUCUUCAACUCUGGUCGGCAAUUUUGCGGCGGGUCGCUCAUCGACGAUAAACACAUUCUCACCGCAGCUCAUUGCGUUGCCAACAUGAAUCCGUGGGACGUGGCGAGGUUGACGGUUCGUCUCGGCGACUACAACAUCAAGACCAACACAGAGAUCAAACACAUCGAACGACGAGUGAAACGAAUAGUCAGACACAGAGGAUUCAAUCUGCGUACCCUCUACAACGACAUCGCUCUCCUGACCCUCAGCGAACCCGUACCGUUCACGGCUCAAAUACGACCCAUUUGCUUGCCAAGUGGUUCCCAGCUGUACUCUGGAAAAACUGCUACCGUUAUCGGUUGGGGAUCCUUGAGAGAGAGUAAGAGAGAAAGAGUUUGCAGAACUGCUCCAACCUCUGAACAGAUAUAUAAUAUACGUAUAUUGUUAUAUUUAACUCGUCAAGGUGGCCCGCAACCCGCGAUACUUCAAGAGGUUUCGGUACCAGUCUGGACCAACUCCGAAUGUAAACAGAAAUAUGGUGCAGCAGCGCCCGGCGGUAUCGUGGACAGCUUCUUGUGUGCAGGACGGGUUGCAAAAGAUUCUUGUUCGGGUGACAGCGGUGGUCCCCUGAUGGUCAACGAUGGACGCUGGACGCAAGUGGGUGUCGUCAGCUGGGGUAUCGGAUGCGGCAAAGGCCAGUAUCCAGGCGUUUAUACGAGAGUAACGCAUUUCCUGCCCUGGAUCAACAAGAAUCUGAAGUAGAAACGAGCAUGUUAAAGGAGAUGCAUACUCCUUUCGCUCGUUAAAGUAUUUCGUUUUGGUCGAUAUCAUUCUCACCGUCAUCCAACAACGCGAUACAUCAUCAUGUAGGAUAACGAGUCCUUGUACACGCGUAACGCUAACAUUC